UCAGAAGAAAGUUCCCAAGACUGAGGAAACAUCACAAAGUCUCUCGCGCGCCUCCACAGUAAGCUUUUGGGACUUACAUCGCCUUAAGUCAAUAAGGGAAUACACAUUUUAGAUCUAAAUAACAUUUACUGACCACAUUUACAACUUUGCUUUAAGAUUUUCAUUACGACGAACAAGGGAUUUGUUUAUUUGGCAGCUGUCUUCACUUUAACGAAGGACAAAAGUGGUCGCCGACACCGGGGAAGGACCUCAUCAGUGUUAACUGUUUUCCUUCAGUAAUGUCUUUAUAAUGGAAGCAAAUGCGGAUUAUGGUGACGUUCUAUCAAUGUAGAGUUAGGGGAAUCUUCACAAAUAGCUGUUCGCCGGAGAAAACAUAGUCUGCUCUAUGUAUUAUCUGUAUAAAACAUAAACUGAAUUUCUCUGGCACUUGAAUGAAUACAUCAGGUGAGAACUAACCGUGUUGAAGUUGACUUAACCGUAAGGCAUGGCUGGCGUGGUGCGCACCCUGAGCCGGUGUCUACUGCCCGCGGAGGCCGCUCAUGACGACAGGAGUAACGGGAAAGAACGAGCCCGCGACCGCGAUGUCAACAAGGAGCGCGAGGCGAAGCGGCGCAGUCGCGAGAUCGAUGCUAUGCUUGUGCGCGAGAGGCGCUCGGUGCGGCGCCUGGUGAAGAUCCUGCUGCUGGGCGCCGGAGAGAGCGGAAAAUCCACAUUUCUCAAACAAAUGAGGAUCAUCCACGGAAAAGUGUUCGACCAGAGAGCGCUGCUCGACUUUAGGGAUGCUAUCUUUGAGAAUAUCAUCAAGGGCAUGCGGGUUCUGGUGGAUGCCCGCGACAAGCUUGGUGUUCUCUGGCAGAACUCGGAGAACGAGAAGCAUGGCAUGUUUGUUAUGUCCUUUGAAAACAAAGCAGGCGUGCCUGUUGAACCCUGCACUUUUCAGCUGUAUGUACCAGCGCUGCAGGCACUCUGGAAUGAUAGCGGAAUCCAGGAAGCCUAUGGGCGCCGGAGUGAGUUUCAACUGAGUGAAUCAGUGAAGUAUUUCCUGGACAACUUGGAUCGGAUUGGCCAACUGAAUUAUGUACCAAGCCGACAGGACAUCCUCCUUGCCAGGAAGGCCACCAAGGGAAUUGUGGAACAUGAUUUUGUCAUUAAGAAGAUACCUUUCAAGAUGGUAGAUGUGGGCGGCCAGCGCUCUCAGAGACAGAAGUGGUUUCAGUGCUUCGAUGGCAUCACCUCCAUCCUCUUUAUGGUGUCUUCCAGCGAAUAUGACCAAGUGCUAAUGGAAGACCGCCGCACCAACCGACUGGUUGAGUCCAUGAACAUCUUUGAGACCAUAGUAAACAACAAGCUGUUUUCCAACGUCUCCAUAAUCCUCUUCCUCAACAAGAUGGACCUUCUGGUGGAGAAGGUACACAAAGUCAGCAUCUCCAAGCACUUUUCUGAUUUCCGGGGAGACCCUCACCGACUAGAGGACGUGCAGGCCUAUCUUGUGCAAUGUUUCAACCGCAAACGUCGCAACCGCAGCAAGCCUCUUUUCCACCACUUUACCACUGCCAUUGACACUGAGAACAUUCGCUUUGUCUUUCAUGCGGUCAAAGACACAAUUCUUCAGGAGAACCUUAAGGACAUUAUGUUGCAGUGAGGACCAAAUGACUGUUUCAUCUGUUUUCAUCGUUGUUGGAAACAAUUUUCUGAAUGAUUUGCCGUAUCGUCCUGUAAUGUGACAAAAAAUACCUACUGGACUUCAUUUUAGCCCUCAUCAUGCACACUUUUGUUUGAAAAAGUGAGUCAUAAGAGUGCAGUGUCCAGUCCAUUAUUUCAAAGACAUUGCAUUCAGUGCUAAGAGAAUUACAUAAAUUAGUGAUUUUUUUCUUUUGUCACUCCUAAUCGUUACUCAUCUUAAUGUUUUCCUGUGAAACAGGAAGUGUUGCUUGAUGACAACUUGGACUAUGGAAAAACCAGGAACUUUUGAGUGUAUGAAUGUAAAUGCAAAUGUUGUUUUUUAAUCAUAAUCUCACCUUUUUCCAGCCUGAUCUCAUGAAAAUAACAUAACUGUUGUGACAUUUUUGCAAAAUGAUACUACAUGGUUUUUUGCACAUAUCACGGCAGUUCUUCUGUGAAAUGUCCUGUAAGUGAUGCUAAAAAAAAAAGAUUUGAGACUUUAAGACUCCACCAAAACAGAAGAGGUUUAAUGCUCUAUCAAGUUCAAAAUCAACAAAACCUACCUCCCUAAACUUCAAACCUAAAACUAACAAGUAGUGUCAAAAAAAACUCAUUUGAGAAAAGAAACUGACUGGGUUUUUAAAGUUUAUGCUCUAUCGAGUUUUAAAUUAACAAAACAAACCUCCUUACCCUAAACCAAACAAUAGUGUCAUAAAUAGUGUCAUAAAAUGUUCAAAUGUAUGGCCUUACAAGUAAAAAAGUGUUAAUAUAUCAUAAGAUUGCCAUUGUGUGAGAAAAAGGGUGAAAAUUAUGUGUUGCAUCACAAGUAAUCUGCAGUUUGUGAUUUGUUUGAAAGGCAAUAAAUAAUUGUUGCAGCGCCUCUAGUGGUUAUUUUACCAAGAAACUGCUGCGAUACGUACAAUGAGCCACAUAAAGGUGUUUGCAAAAAUGUAGGUAUAGCAACAUGAUUCUAUUAGACCAGGUUGCUUUUUCUCAAGGAUAAACUCAAAACAUGCACAGUAACUUCACACUGGCUCAUCUUCCAGAUAGCAUCCUAAAAAUAAAUAGAAAAGGUGCAGUGAGCAUCCUUCCUGUUUUUGGAUUCUGAACUAAGAAGUUAGUUUCAAGUCACUUCCUUUUUGUUUACAGGUUAUAUUGAUUUUGUCUAAGAGUAUGCUUUAUCUAAACUUUAAGUUUAUAGAUGACAUGCAAAAUUAUUCUUAAUAAAUAAGCAGGGUUUUUUGUACAUAAAGUGAAUUGUUGCUUCUGUACAUUUUAACUGUCUUACCUCUGCUUUUGGACUAUGCAUGUGUCUUUUCACAUUAAGCUACAAGCUUUGAUAUAUAGAGUAGUGUCAAAUCACUGGUUUUUCACCUAACACCACUAACUUCAAAUGAAUAAAUCAUUAAAAGUGUUCAAUAAAUGUCAUUUUUGCAUAACACCUCUACUUUGUUUUUUGAUGCUUCAUAUGAUAUAAAGAUUCUGACGACUAUACUAAGCCUCCCAACCUGUGUAGCUCAUCACUUAAAAUUGGACAUUAUAGAGAGACAUAACCUGGAACUGGUGAAUUAUAUAAGCGGAUGUAAAUAUCCUAGUUUCUCCUUGGUUUUAACCAUGAACAUAUUUUGGUCUCGGGAUCUUUUUGAAUGGCAGCAGUGAACAGCUGUGUACUUUUGUUUUUAGCUGAUGUGAAAUCCCAGUUUCAAAUCCCGGACGAGCCCCCACAUCCAUGCUGCGUUUUUCAAACGAAUAAGUGAAUUUCCAGUAAUGUCUGCCAAGGCUGAGUGUUUCUUGUGGUUGGUGGCACGAUUUGGGUCAUUUUCCAGAUAUCUGGUUUUAUCAUCUUAGGAAGUUACUCACACACUUCUACGAAAGUGAAUGGUUUUAGGUUCAUCACAGGUAUCAGCUUGUCAGAAUGUUUUUUUGUCAUCGUUUUGAUUCAAGGGAAAGCUUGCGAUAUGUCCUCAUAUGUGUCAUCAAAUAGUUUGGGGUUUUAAUGAGUGCAUCUUUUCUUGCAUUCUUUUUUGUGUACUGAAAUGGAUAUCAAAUGUCUUUCAUUUCUUUUGUAAUAAUGGAUUGUAAAUUUUAAACCUAGAUAUUCCCAAGAAGAAAUCAGCAUAUAACAAUGUUUUUCUACCCCAUGGGGUAUUUUUGUAAAUUCUCUUCUUCCUCAUAAUCACUAAUGGCACAUGUUGCUUUACUGAAAGUUGGCAGGAAGGGUUUUUGAUCUGAGAUAUCUGACACGCCCUGAACCAUUGUCCCUGACAGCUGGAAAAUCUCUGGCUCUUAUGUAGAAAAAGAUGCAGAUUGAAUUCUUGAUUUCAAGCCUGUGUUGAUGCUUGUGUCACUCUUUAAGACUAUAAAUUAAUUGAGAGAGUUUGGAAGUUACUGUAAAUAGUGGAGAAACACAAGCCCAAUGUAUAAAUACAAAGAGUUUUAAAAGGAAUGUUCUGUGUUCAAUACAACUUAUGCUCAAUCAACAGUAUUUGUGGCAUAAUGUUGAUUAUCAGAAAAAAAUAUUUUGACUCGUUCCUCGUUUAGUAAAGAAAAAAUACACUUAUGUUGGAAGUGAAGGGGGGCAUAAACAUUCAAAUACACACGGUUUCAAAAGUAUAGCCACAAGAUGUAAACAUUAUAUACUAUUAUAUAUAAAAUUGCUUACUAACCUUAUCAGGGUAAAGAUAAUCCAAUAUUUAAACUUUGUUGCCAUGAAACGCCAGUAAAUCAUGUUAACUUGUAUAAUGUUUGUCUUGUGGCUAUAUUUUUUUUAAAACAGUGUGCAUUUUCACAUUUAUUCACUUAUUAUAACCAUGUUUUUAUUACCAUUGUUUUUUAAUAUAUAAUAAACGAGUCACAGAACAUUCCUUUAAUAUUCUUUAUAUUUAUACAUUGGGCUUGUGUUUCUCCACUAUUUACAGUAACUUCCAAACUCUCAAUUAAUUUAGUCUUCAAUAAUUUUUAUGGUAAUCAAUAUUACUUAUAUGCUGUCGAUUUAGCUUAACUUGCAUUAAAUGUAUAGAACAAUCAAGCAUAUGGAGUGUAAUUAAUUUGAUAUAAAUUAAACUGAGAAUAAUAAUUUGAGAACCAAAUUACAAUUUAAAUAAUGCUAUUUCAAUCUACUGACAGUGAGUUAAAUACGUUAUAUUUGCUGUUCUGCUGUUUUGUCACUCUUAGUGUCACAUGACUGUCACUGUUAAUAAGAUGUCCAUUUUUUACAGUAUUUUACUGUAAUUUAGUUUUUAUUUUCAUGUUACUUUGCUAAUGUUUUACAUUUCCAGUGAUUGUAAAAAAGUGUGAAAUUCCAGAUUAACUGCAUUAUGUGUGUUUUGUAUAUAAGAAUUGUAUAAAUAUAAUAAAAAUGUUAA